UUUGCAGGUUCAACACCUUGAGCAGCUUAUUGAAUAAAGAUCACAAUGGGGAGACGAAUCGCCGGUGUAAUCUACAUAUUGAUCACUUUCGCUCUCGUUAAUGAAAUGUCAAUAAACGUAUACGCCAGGGACAACAACAAAAGGCGCACCAAAGAGAAGAGCGGAGGCUUCCAAAAGAAUAUUUGCGAUAUCACAGACCGAGAUUCAAAAGUUCACUGCUACUGCGAAAAUACUAGGGAACCAAGGAAUGCGACCAAAGCGGAAUGUUGGGUGUUCAACGGCGGAAUACCGCGCGACGACCUCAUCUGGCAGAGUUUUGCGUCCCAACCAAUUUUGCAAACUUUGUCUUUUAACGUCCGAGUCGAUGGCGCUCUUGGCUAUAUACCUACAAAGGCACUACUCUAUUUACAACGUCUGAGGUCAAUCAAUAUAAAAUAUGGUAACAUUGUCGACGUAACACCUUACUCAUUUGCCAACUUAACUAAUUUAAAAGAAGCUAGCUUAUCGCAGAAUCAAAUCGAAAAUUUACAACAAUACGCCUUUGCUCACCUACCCAACAUAACAACUCUGAACUUAGAAGAAAACAUGAUUAUAGAUAUCGAUACUGAGGCAUUCUAUGAUCUACCAAAGCUCCAAAAAUUGGUGUUCACCAAGAAUAAUAUUUCGACAAUCAGAAAUGGUACUUUCCAGCACACGUUCAAUUUGCUGGAAUUGGAUUUGAAUAAGAACAACAUUUACCAUUUGAACCGUCGGACAUUCGACGGAUUGGCGAAUCUGAGGAAAUUGGAUCUGAGAAAGAACCGAAUACAAAAUUUGACGGAAUUCACGUUUGCUGAGCUGUGGAAUCUACAAGAAUUACUAUUGGGGAAGAAUGAUUUGCGGUAUAUAUCGGAGCGGGCGUUUGACGGACUGUCUCAACUACGAAAGUUGUCCCUCGAUGACAAUAAACUGGCGUCACUCCCGUCGGGUUUGUUCGAAGGGGUGAGGGGACUUAGCUCUGUGGACUUGCGAUCCAACGAACUGCACGCGUUAACUUUUGACAAUAUCAAGCCUAUAUUGGACAACUUGAAACCACAGAACAGCAAUCUACUACUCGAAGAGAACAACUUCGUAUGCGACUGCAGAUUAAAAUGGAUGCAUUCUCUGCGAAACGAAACAAAAAGUCAAAACACAAAAGAGUCCCUAGACAGCGUAACGUGCAAAAUGGAUCCACCUAUCGUGAGCUCCGCUUACAACAAAAUGCCUGACGCUAUGGACGACAAACUGGAUUACAAUCAAGACAUACUCCACGCCGGCUUGACCAUUGAAACACUGAACGACAAAAUGAACGUAACGGAAAAGAAGACAUUACCCGGCGACCUAUCUAAAGACGAUGCUAAUGAAAUAUCUAAAAAGGGUGUUAAAAGGACUGUUUUGAAAAUCCCAGCCGAAACCCUUCCGUGCCCAAGGGAAGCUAUAAAAACAACUGAAAUACCACCUUAUAUUGUAGACCCUGUAAUACCAAUUCAGAAUGAAAUGAAAACUUUUAGAUUUCAUGACACCAACUCCGCUUAUAUGAAGUUGAGGCCUAGUUUUGGCUCUGUAGUUUUAUGGAGUAUUUCUUUUAGAUUUUUCUUUACUUAAAUAAUAAGUAACGUAUCUAGUCGUUAAAGUAAGUGAGAUACAGACUAUUAAGCCGGCGAUUGAUGGCUGCGCACGGGUAUAAUGACUAACACUUUGCUAAGUCCUGUAUGAGAUAAACAAGGAGAUUUAUGAGUAUGGAAAGAAACGUAAUGUAUUAAGAUGUUUAAGAACAAGAAAACAAAGGUGACGCAAGAUAAGUAAGUGAUGUUUGAAAAACAGGGUCAAUUUCUUUGGGAUAUGUAUGGAAUUAUAAAUUCGUAGUGGAUUAAAAUGGGAUG